GUAAAAGAUGGGAGCAUAUAAAUAUAUGCAAGAACUAUGGCGAAAGAAACAAUCUGAUGUUAUGAAAUUUUUGCUUCGAACACGAUGCUGGUAUUACAGGCAGUUGAAUACAGUUCACAGAGCCCCUAGACCGACGCGUCCUGAUAAAGCACGUCGAUUGGGUUAUCGUGCUAAGCAAGGGUAUGUUAUCUACAGAAUUCGAAUCCGCCGUGGUGGACGCAAGAAGCAAGUUCCCAAGGGUUGCACUUACGGGAAACCAAAAAAUCAUGGUGUUAAUCAAUUGAAGCCUGUAAGGAGCCAUCAAGCUGUUGCUGAAGUAAGUUGCAUGUUGACUUUGGUGCUUUUUUUGCCAACCAAA